AUGGCAGAGUCUCGCGGCUCGACCAGCGAGACACUCGUCGACGCACAUUUGACGGGCAAGGACGACGGUUUGAAUCUGCCCAGCUCGCCACACGGUCGUCUUCGAGAUCUGCGCACCGUUGCAGCGGUUGUACAACGACCAGCACAGCAAUCAAAGCUGGGAGCCCCAACAGCCCUGGGCUUCCUCUCUUUUGCUGUCUGUCUCAGCAUCAUGUCCUUUGGCCUCGUCGGACUUGGCGUCUCCAGCUUGACCACUCUCUGGGGCGAUCUAGGCGUCUUUCUCUUCGGGGGAGGCGGUAUGAUGGCCCUGACAGCCGUGCUGGAGAUCCUUCGAGGUGAUUCCAUCGCCUUUGCCUUCUUCGGCGCCUUUGCGACGUACUGGUUCGGUCUCUCUGCCAUCUACCGUGCCGACUUUGGUGUGAUCAUGACAGCGUCAAGACAGACGCUCGCUGGACAACCAGGUGCUGUCCAGCUCAAUCAAGCUCUGGGCCUCUGGCAGGUGAGCAACGUGUCGAGGAUACGCGCAUCUCGUGAAUUGACGGACCCAUCCUGACUGUCGUCGAUCCGAUACUUGCCCAGAUGACCUACACUCUUUUGUGCGUCAUCUUUGCCGUGGCCACUCUUCGCACCAACAUCGUGUUCUGCAGCAUCUGCACCUUUCUAGUGCCCUUCUUCCUUUGCCUCUCCAUCCUCUUCCUCAGCUCGCUAUCCCAGGCAACCACUGAGAAUAUGGCGACAGCAGCUGGGUGUUUUGGCUUCAUCAUCUGCAUGCUCAGUUGGUACAUGGUCGCUGCCCUCUUGCUCUCUCAUGGCGGAGCGCCGUUGCGCCUGCCCCUUGGAAACCUCAAGAACUUUUGGACCAAGGACCAAGGCCGCAAGAGAGCCUGCGUAUAG